CACGUGCGAGCAUUUCGCUCCUCUUCUCCACCACCGCUCUCAAUUUUCGCUCCAAAUUAGAAACCCUAUAAAAACCCUUGCGGAUAAAAUCUCCAGAAUUUUCAAGGAGAUUUUGAACAAUUAUGCAUUCCCUGAGCUUCAAGGUUUCCACCGACUACUGCGCCAGGUCUUGUUUUCCGGGUCCGGGAAAGGCCGCGGAGUCGGAGGCCCGGCCCAGACGUGUCCGGUUCGGGUUUAGGGAUUUCGGCAGAGGCGCUAGAAUUGUGACGUGUGCGUCCGAGUCCGAGAGGAAUGGCUGGAGCGGGAGCGGGAGCCGGAGUUCGAGCUCGAGUCCGGGUCGGGGCCCGAGACCGAGUUCGUUUCUGUCUCGGAGCCAGACUUAUGCUUUGUUGAAGCAGCAAAUGGAGGUUGCUACCAAAUCUGAGGAUUAUGAAGAGGCGGCGAGGAUUCGAGACUCGUUGAAGAAGUUGGAGAAGGAAGAGCCGGUUUUGCAUCUCCGGCGGUUGAUAAAGGAGGCGGUGGCCGAAGAGCGGUUUGAGGACGCGGCUAAUUUUCGAGACGAGCUUAAGGAAAUCGCACCUCACUCGUUCUUGAAAUGUUCGAGUGACGCAACGACCUUGGGCAUUCGGGUUCAAGUUAGGAGUGUGUACAUAGAGGGCCGAAGUCAGCCUUCAAAGGGCCAACAUUUCUUUGCAUAUAGAAUAAGAAUUACCAAUAACUCUGACCGCCCUGUACAACUCCUUAGAAGGCAUUGGAUUGUCACUGAUGCCAAUGGAAAAUCCGAGAAUGUGUGGGGAAUUGGUGUUAUCGGUCAGCAGCCAGUGAUUCUUCCCCAGACUAGUUUUGAAUACUCCUCUGCUUGCCCGUUAAGCACUCCAACUGGAAGAAUGGAAGGUGACUUUGAGAUGAAACACAUCAAUAGGUUAAGUUCAGAAUCGUUUAAUGUGGCUAUUGCCCCAUUUUCUCUCUCCAUAUUAGGAGAUGAUGAUUCUUUGUGAAUUUUGAGAAGUGCGUUGUGGCACCAUUCGGAAAGGCGGGAAAAUUUCAUAAAGAAAAUUCAACAUUCUAUUUGUUGAAUACAGCUAGCGAUUAAGUGUAUAAAGCAUUUCAGAUUUUGGAGAGUAAGGUAUUACAUAGUAUAGUUGUUGUAUGAGAAAAUAUGAGAAAGCUAACUUUGUAAACAUAAACGUAUAGGUUUUGGUAACAGUUUUGAUUGAAAUCUGUUCAUAUUCUUAGUAGCCUUGGAGGUAUGUAGUGUUUUGAAAUUCAAAGUCCUAUAGUGUUUAGUAGGCCUUAUAUGAUGAAUU